GGCCGGACGUCUGUGGGAGGGCUCUAGGGCCGCGCGGACGCCCCGGGAAGGCCCAUCGCCUCGGGCGGGGCCGCCCCUGAGUCACCCCGGCCCCGCCCGACCGUCCUGCAACCGGACCCGAGUGGAGCAGAGCGAGGAGGGCAGGAGGCCAGGCCGGAGCCGGGAAACUGAGGCCGAGACCACGGUCCUGGAGACAUGUUCCUGGUUAAUUCAUUCUUGGGAGGGAAGGGCGGCGGCGGCGGCGGCGGAGGAGGAGUGGGCAACGCUCUCGGGGGGCUGCUCAGCGGAGGCGGCGGUGCUGGAGGCAUCGGCAAUGUCAUCGGGGGGCUGCUCAGCGGAGGAGGGGGCGGCGGCGGCGGUGGCGGCGGGGCGGGGGGCGCCAUGGGCUUCCUAGGCGGCGUCAUCAGCGCCAUCAGCGAAGCUGCAGCCAAUUAUAACCCAGAGCCCCCGCCCCCUCGAUCCCACUUCUCCCACAUCGAGGCCAAUGAAAGUGAGGAGGUGCGACAGUUCAGGAGGCUGUUUUCUCAGUUGGCCGGAGAUGACAUGGAAGUCAGCGCAUCUGAACUCAUGAACAUCUUGAACAAGGUGGUGACCCGACACCCUGACCUGAAGACGGACGGCUUUGGCAUCGACACCUGUCGGAGCAUGGUGGCAGUCAUGGAUAGCGACACCACGGGCAAACUUGGCUUUGAGGAGUUUAAGUACCUUUGGAACAAUAUCAAGAAGUGGCAGGCCAUCUACAAACAGUAUGACAUUGACCACUCAGGAACCAUCGGCAGCAACGAGCUUCCUGGAGCCUUUUCAGCUGCAGGUUUCCAGCUCAGCCCAGAGCUGUACCAGAUGAUCAUUCGGCGAUAUGCGGAUGAGGACGGGAAUAUGGACUUUGACAAUUUCAUCAGCUGCCUUGUGCGCUUGGACGCCAUGUUCCGUGCCUUCAAGUCUCUGGACAAAGACGGCAGCGGGCAGAUUCGUGUCAACAUCCAGGAGUGGCUGCAGCUGACUAUGUACUCCUGAGGCCCAUGUGUCUGUCCACCCACCGGGAACCCCAGGACAGAGAUCACCAGGAAGCUGCUCCCCUUCUCCCUCCCCGCCACAUUUCCCCAUGUGGGGACCCUCUGGCACAGGCACCACAUGACACUGAUGUCACACGUCGUGCCUGGGUGUCCCAGCUACCACUGACCAUACAAACAUGGCCACCAAGGAGCCCCUACUCCCACCUCAGCCCUGCCCACCUCCCAGGUCCAGCGUGUGCCAGCUACAGGCUUGGGAACCCUCAUGCUCUAACACCCUGCCCCCCAGCACCCCUGUAAACAUGUCACAUGCUCUGACACGCCAGUCACACACUUCCCAGCAUCCUUAGAAAUCCUCCUGCUCUAGUGCCCUAUCCCCCCCACGCAGAUCCCCUGUAAACAUCACAUGCCAUGCCUGCCACUGCUCCGAGACCUGUUGGCGCAUGGUACAUGCUUUAACAUGCUAACCACAUGCACAUGUCAGCCAGGUGCCAUCACAUGCUGCCCCCAUGGGGUUCAUUGGCAUCUAGUGCCUUCUCCCACUCCCCAUGUGCUUCAGGCCCCCUCCCCUCCUCUCUGGGUGGACCUCAGGGCAGGGCAGGGCAGGCAAGCCCCAAAUAAACAGUGGUCACCAGA